AUGAAAUUCUACGGCACCAUUUCUGUGGGCUCCUCCGCGAAGAAGUUCAAAGUCUUAUUCGACACUGGUAGCGGCGAUAUGUGGCUUCCCAGUGAAGACACGUAUGUGUGCGGCUCAAAGCAAUGCUACAGCUCACAGAAAAGCACCAGUUCAACUCCGGAUGGGCGUGAGUUCUCUGCAGAUUAUCUUAGCGGUUCUGUAGCGGGUGUUUUCGUAAAGGAUACGGUCCGCCUUGGUUCGUUCUCCACCGAACAGAUCUUUGCAAAAGUGAGCUAUUUUUCGGGCUUGGAUAAUGUCUAUCCUAAUUCAAAGUGGGAUGGAAUGGUGGGGAUGGCUUGGCCUUCCCUCUCCAAAUAUAAAUUUAGGCCCACGAUAUUUUCACUGUUUGACGCUAACACGAACCUGGCAAAACAGUUUGCAUUUUAUCUGCCCAAGAAUCCAAAGAAGGAUGGUGAGCUUGUGAUCGGUGGGUACAACAAGAAACGUUUUACAGGUGACCUUGUUCCUGUAAAGGUGACAUCUCAGGCUUACUGGACGGUCGGUAUCACUUCAGUAAUAAUUGGCAACACUGUCGUUAGUAACAAGGUUACGGGCAUUCUUGAUACAUGCACUUCACUUAUAAUGCUCCCAAAAAAUGCUUUUGAUAAAAUUGUCCAAAACACAGGCGCCGUAAUGAACGGAGAAAGGUAUACUGUAGACUGCGAUAUGGUGUCUCUUCUGCCAAAGUUAGAAAUGGAAAUUGGCGGCACGAAAUGGAUUUUCACUGGUGAAGAUUAUAUCAUUAGGUAUAUAAAUAAAGCUUGCAUCCUUGGAAUGCUUCCAAAAGAUUCUAAAGUUGUAGAUAAUCAAAAUUGGAUUAUCGGAGAAGUAUUUUUUCGGCAUGUUUACACAGUUUUUGAUGUCGAUCAGUCCACAGUAAGUUUUGCUUAUGUUAAAUAG